AUGAGGAUCCUUUACCUGCUCUUCGCUGUUUUUCUCUUUCUCCUCCAGGUUGCUCCAGGGCAAUCAUACCGUGAAUGUCGGAACAGGGGAGGCGAAUGCCGCCCACAUGGUUCAUGUCAUCCCGGCUCUGUAAUACCUGUGCGAUGUCCUCAUCGUACAGUCUGCUGUAGAAGACGCUAG